UUUACCGAUUUUAUUUUCUUAAUGUCGUCAUCGUUUUAUCAUCGCAAUUAGUUUAUCGCGUUUCACUCCGCUAUCGGUGCGUCUGGAGGCACUUAACGAUAAGCCAGAAAUAAAAUUUCAGCUUUGCGUGUCCGUCGUUGAACCCAAAGCAAGAUAGAUCGCGCUCUUCACGAUCUUGUAUUAGUGUCACUCGCGAAUAUAAUUAUUUGACGAACGGGCGGAGUGCGAUUUUCGGUUGUCGCUUGGGACAUUUUCAUUAUCGGCGGAAAUGGCUGGAAAAAAUCUGCAAGAGAACACGGUGGAAUAACCGUAGUGCGAAAAACCUACGAUAACUGGACGAAUCGCUGACCUCUAUUCGCAGGUGGAAGGAUAUCUAGUGAUUGAGUGCGCGAUCGAGAAGAACUACGUUCGUCGUCGGGCCAUCGCGUCAAUCUCGGAACGCUUUUCAUUUUCCUUCGCUCACAUUUUUCCCUCGCAUCUCGCGGGAUUUUCAUCGGUGGCAUCAAAAAGAUCGUUUCCCAUCGGGAUUUCGUUACAUCGAAGCUGUAAUAUAGGAUGAGUUCGCGAACGGAUCAUCGGGAAUAUCGUCGACAAAUGAAACGCACGGCUAAAUAAUGCACCGUGAAAUGGUGAUCUCCUAUUAUCAUUGUUAUGACGUAGCCCGAGAUGGAGGAUGCAGCACGGCAAAAGAGAAUAAAAGACUAGAAACGCUGCAUGUACAGACAACUGGUGUCUCGCUUUUGCACCGUAAAGACGCACGGCUACGAUAAGAAGCAGAAGUGGAGACGGACACGUGUGCGGAAGGAUACGCGGUCCAUAUCCGGCCCGCCAUCCUGGCGGCAUGGUCCUUUGGGCCACAAUACUAAUCCUUCAAGGAGCUGGAUUUGUAGGCUCGGUGACAGGCAUUCCCGGCGUCCCGGAAAACAUAACGGUGAUGUUCCUGAACCCGACGUCUGUGCGCGUGUCUUGGAGCACCAGCCAGGUCGAGCAGGUCGAGAAAUACGACGUUACGUACAAGCCAACCGACGCCAGUUACAGGGUGGUGGCGGUGGUCGCAGGAAAUAGCGAAGCGGUCACUUUGAGCGGCCUCCGGGCUGACACGCAAUAUCAGCUGGUUGUAACCGCCGUGAGGGCCGGAAAGAAGUUUCGAAGCCGACCGAUCGUCUUCCGUACACUCGGUAAGCUUUGCCUUCCUAAGCUUUACCUGUCUCCGGCAUCACGGUCACACGUGACAGAGCCACCACGCACGUCCCCGCAGCAGGAUGCAGCGGUAACCGGUGGUCCUCUUCCUCCACCUCCACCAUCCUCGCAGCAGCCUCAACCGUAUAUACAAAUCCGCGGCGUCGAGGUGGGCAUAGUGAUAUUAGUGCUGAUAGUCUGGGCGGGCGCGAUAGCCCUGUUCUUCAAUCGCUGGGGCAAGAUACGCAUGCUGCUGCCGUACCAGCCCGACUAUAAGGAGCAGCUGAAGGUUCCCGGCACCGGCGUGUGCGCGGCCGCGAACGCCACGUACACGCAGCAUCCGACGCAGCACGCGUGCUCUCAGCAUCUGCACUGGUCGAGCCAUCACGUGGACUCCUUAGACAGCGGCGGAGCUUUAGGCUGGCCAAGAACCUCGAGGCCGCGCGUCAACAGUGCCAUCGACGUGGCCGGCUUUCUAUCGCAGGAAUUUCUCCGACGCCAUGGGUCCACGUCCAAAUUGUGCCGCAAGGUUCGCAGUGCAGAUAACUUACCUCUCGCGUCAACGAAUCGCCAACAGGACCCACGAAGGAAUUCCAAGGACGAAAGCGCCGAGGGCGACCGAGAGUCCUUCCUGAAACCAAAUCAGGACGACAAGUCCGAGGAUCAGGACUCGAGGAGGCAGAGCAGUCUCGAGAGCACGACGAAGGACAAUACAGAAACGUCACUGUUGGAUCCCAGUUAUCAGCAGCCCUCUUCAAGGGACUCCCCGGUGGCAUCAUCGUCGUUGGUCACCAGACGUUUCGGGGGAUGGCGCACCGGCGGAAGCCACGAGUACGUCAGAUGCCCUGUGCGACAGCCUGCUUCCAUGGACGAGCGGUGUUAUCGGCGAUCGUACGAGUCCGAGACCACUCGUCCGCCACGGUAUCAUCACCAUCACCGACGCACGGACGCCGAGCGUCACUCGAAGAGCUGCGAGUACGCGAGACGGGCGGCCACGGAAUCGAGCAUCGAGGUCCAGCACUUCGGCCUGCCGAUUCUGAGUGUGAGCGAGCCGAGUCCGCCGGACGAGAGCGAGCGGGUCGACGACUACUUGUAGGACUUGCUUGCCGAGGACUUCCUGAAGGAGCUCCUCGUGUGAUCCGCCCGGCCGAUCCUCCGACACCGCGCGGCGCGGUCUCGCUCUUGAUCUUCGUCCCGCGGGAUUCCGAGUCCCGAACACUCUUUUACCUCCCUCCCCCUCCCCCUCCGCCGUCGUCCCGGGACGACGAGGUCGUCCCGCCGCGCGUCGCGACUUCUCAGGAGGUCGCGAUCGGUCCAAGUAAGUCUCCCGCGGGAGAGCACGGAUUUCUCGAUCGUGUGCGAUCUCUAUCCCUGUUCAUUGUGAGCGACAACUCUGACGCGUAUCUACUUUAGAAGAGUCAUGAAUAUAUUUGCUACUUGUACUAUAGGAACCGCGCAGCUACCAAGGAGCUAACCAAACCAAUGCGUUUGAUCCGGACUUCGCCUUUUUUCUCCGCGCAUUGGGAAGUCCUACGAGCGCUAAAUACCGAUUUACGACUUGCGACGUAAUGCGACUUUGCUCGUCAUAUAUAUAUAUAUAUAUAUAUAUAUUUUUCCAGUACCGUAGAGAUCCUCUAAAUCGAUGCUACAUGUAUAAAUUAGAAAUAUAUUAAAAAAUGAUCAAUGUGUGUAUGUGCGUGUUUAAAAUCCAUAUCUCUCGUGGCGUGCCGAGGAAGAAGAGGUCCGGAUCAGAUUUGCGAUUAUUCUUUGUAUCGUAUUAUUUUUACUUAGGAUUACCUGGUGGCCUGGUGGAUAAUUUCGUUACUUCGAUAUCGCAGAUGUGGAUUAAUAUUAACUCGCGGCGGGAAUAAUCUGGCUGAAUCACUCACUUGAGAUUCUCGAGAAUUGCAAUCAAAUUCACUGCACGUCUUUACUUACAAUGAGACAUCUCGCGACUGCGAUUUAAGAAUGAUAAAAGCGGCAACUCGCUUGCGUAUAAAUCCGAUCAUUUACAUUCACAAAGAUGAAUGCGAAUAAUAACAAAUAUACGUUUCCUUCCUUUCGUAUUUUCUUCCUCGAUUUUUACGUCUUUCGUUUCUAUCGCGUGAUAAUGAGAUGGAGAUGGAGAUUAGAAUCUUCUCCUUUAUCGCUUAAAUCAAAAUAUUAAAGUUGAAAUUUUUUUCUAACUUGAAAUAAUUCAAAAUACACAUACAAAAUACACAUGCAAAAAUUACUUUGAUUUAACGUUGAAGCCAUGUCCAGGUACGCGGAUUAAAGACAGUUCGCUCUUAAGUAUAUGUCAUUUUAUCACAUUUAUUUUCAACGUCAGCGUAUAAACUUCGACUAGAUUUCUCUCGGGAAUUCAUGCAAUCAUAAAAUAUUUUACGUUUUGCAGUUACACAAAGUAUCAUAUAUCAAUACUAACCGAAAGCGAAUCAUGGAACUGACUAUGAACAUCGCGAUUUAGCUGGUGGAAUGCAAAACAAAUGUUUCAUCGUAAUACAGAAAGUCACAUUCAGAAUAGAAUAAAAUUCUUGAUAGCUA